CUUCCAGGGACGAAAAAAAUUAACGUUUUAACUGCGGCAGAGAGAGAGUUCCGACUAUUUUUGCAUUGGCUUAUAUCAAUUAUGUAUAUUUUCAUAUACCGAUGUCACUCGUGAGGCCCAUUACCGUAAGCCUACAGCUGUUACAACGUCAUUAAGAUAGUCUCGUGUGGACACGGUGGACUAGAGUCUACUAAACGGACCACGACCGAGGCGCGCGCACAGUAGCAGGCUGAAGACGCAGUCUACUUCGCCCUGAUGUUUGAGUGACUGAGUGACUGCUGUAAAAAAGGAGGAAGAAUAAAGACAACGGAAAUCUUAAAUGAACUAGUUCCUCCUCUUCUGAAGUGUUGGGAAUAGCCAAACUUCCUGCAGCCGCCACCAUGAACCUCUCCAACGAGACGACUCCACAGUGCUUCUCCAUCAACAAUCCCCCCUUCAACUUCCCCCACACCAUUGCUUCCGUCUACUUCUCCACUGUGUUCAGCCCUUUGGGCCUCACCUUCAACCUCAUCGCCUUUGUGGUCCUCCUCAAGUCCUUCCAGCGCACGCAUAGCCGCUCGCGGUCCUCCUUUCUCGUCUUCCUCUGCGGCCUGGUGGUCACCGACUUCAUGGGCCUCCUGGUCACCGGCAUUAUCGUGAUCACCUUCCACUUCACCCAGUUCAACUGGCGCCGCCUGGACCCGCACUGCCACUUCUGCAACUACAUGGGCAUGUCCAUGGUCUUCUACGGCCUGUGCCCGCUGCUGCUGGGCGCCACCAUGGCUGUGGAGCGAUUCGUGGGCAUCAACCGGCCGUUCGCCCGCUCGACCAGCAUGACCAAGUCGCGGGCCGUGUGCAUAGUGCUGAUGGUGUGGGCGGUAGCGGGAUGCAUCUCACUACUGCCCCUGGUGGGUGUGGGGAGCUACCACAUGCAAAUACCAGGCUCCUGGUGCUUCUUCAACAUUAGCUCUAAGGCUAGCGACAUGGUCUUCUGUCUACUCUUCUCUCUGGUCGGGCUGCUGUCCAUAGCCGUGUCCUUCCUGCUCAACACGGUGAGCGUGGUGACCCUGGUCAAGGUGUGCUGCGGCCAGGACAGCAUGCAGCGUCGCCGCGACUACGAGGUGGAGAUGAUGGUGCAGCUCAUCUGGAUCAUGAUGAUCGCUACCAUCUGCUGGUGCCCCCUGCUGGUGUUUAUUGCGCAGACUGUGUUGUCAGAGAGCCCACUUCAGGUCCGCAACCUGCUGCUCUUCAUCCGUUUCGCCACCUGGAACCAGAUCCUGGACCCCUGGGUGUACAUCCUGUUUCGGCGCGCCGUCCUUAAGCGCCUCUACCCCAACUGGGACUGGUCCCGGGGCUCCAUAAGGACCCUGUACCCGGCCUCCUUCGUCGGCACCAUCCGCCGGUUCACCCGUUCUUCCCUGGGCAGUGAUGUCCUGGGGGGUGGCGAAAGGCGCGUGUCAGUCGAAACCCAGUCAUUUAACGUGAAGGCUCCACCUUCAUCGCCUUGACUGUUUCCUGUUGUUGUGCAUUGGUACUCCUCCUCGUCAGUGACAUUUUUAUUUAUAUGUUUUUUAGGUGCUGUUUAAACAGUUCUAAAAAGAGACUGAACAUGGAUACGGCUGUGGCAUUCCACUGGGCACAAACAGGUUGAAUAAACGUAUUGUGACGUGGAAUAUAUACAUUGGAAUUUAAAAAAUGUCAAAUGUUUUUUUCAACCACAAGGUUAUGUUGUCAUUGUAACCAAUUUUCAACAUAGACAAACCUUGUAUGAAAUAUGUUGCAUUUGUAUCUUUGAAACAAUGGCAGAACUUCAACGUUAUAUCCACUAUCAGAAGAAGAAAAAAAACAACAGGCUGAGCAGCACCUCCUACUGGAGAGAUGAUCUAUCUACAACUAUACAUUUAGUUUCCCAUCCAGGGUUUCCACCAAACUCAGCCCUACUUAGUUGUUAUGUACUAUGUCACUGACUACUACCAAUGUGCUAUUGUGAGAAUGAUUAUUGAGAGAUCUCUUAAUAACUAAAUAUAUUCACUGUUGCUAUCAGUAUUUCCAAAGGGUAGGUUUAACAGUGCAAAUGAAAUGUAACCAUACUUUAUAAGUCAUGUACCAUCAAUUAUACUAUUUAGGCCUAUAUAGUAUUUGCAAAGUCCUCAACAGCUAUUGUUUCAAUUCAACCAUGGUAAAAAAAUAUAUAGAAACUGGGUGGUUCGAGCCCUGAAUGCUGAUUGAUUGACAGCCGUGAACUUAUACCACGGGUAUGACAAAAUAUUAAUUUUAACUGCUUUAAUUACAUUGGCAACCAGUUUAUAAUAGCAAUAAGGCACCUCAGGGGUUUGUGGUAUAUGGCCAAUAUACCACGGCUAAGGGCUGUAUCCAGGCACACGUUGCGUGGUGUGUAAGAAUAGCCCUCGGGCUGUAUUGCUUAAAUAGACAAUACAUAUAGGCUUAGGGUUUCAAGCUUUGGUUCAUUUUAAAUUUACUCUUCAAGGUAAUUAUGAAUAUGUUGUAUUCAUGUUUCCAUCUCAACCAAAAAUGUAAGUUAAAGAAUAUGGACUAAAUUUUAAGUUUAUUUAAUGUGCAUUUAAAGUUUGAUUUGAUUUAAUUUAGUCCUAUUCUUUAAGUUCGAUUUUUGUUUGAGAUGGAGACGUGAAUCCAACAAUUAAUUUGUAGACAAACUGAGUGUUGAAUUGAGUUUGACUGUCUACGCAGGUAAAUAUCACCAUUUGAAAGAGAUAUUCUGUUUGGAAGAUAUAGUCCUGAAACAAAUCUUGGGUUGCUAGAGACAAGACCCAGUCGUUCAGUCUUUUUGUUCUGUAUCUAUGGACGCGACCCAGUCAUUCAGUCUUAUUGUUCUGUAUCUAUGGACGCGACCCAGUAGUUCAGUCUUUUUGUU